AUGCGCUCACUUCAAGUCCCCGAAAACAGCACUUCCCUCAUCCAGCUGGACCUGGGUGAAGGGUGGGUGUCUGCUCUGACCUCACCAGGUGCCUGGAGCGGCACAGGGGCGGGCGGCAGCCGCAAGGUGCCCACCUGCGCCGAGCACGACCUGGAGAACUACAGCAUGUACUGCGUGAGCUGCCGCAGCCCCGUCUGCUACCAGUGCCUGGAGGAGGGCAAGCACGGCAAGCACGAGGUGAAGGCGCUGGGCGCCAUGUGGAAGCAGCACAAGGCUCAGCUAUCUCAGGCUUUAAAUGGCAUUUCAGAUAAAGCAAAGGAAGCUAAAGAAUUUCUGGUUCAGCUGAAAAAUUUGUUGCAGCAGAUCCAGGAGAAUGGGUUGGAUUAUGAAGCCUGUCUUGUCGCUCAGUGUGAUGCCUUGGUUGAUGCGUUAACGCGACAGAAAGCGAAACUGCUCACAAAGGUGACCAAAGAACGUGAGCACAAGCUGAAGGUUGUUUGGGACCAGAUAAAUCACUGUACACUGAAGCUACGCCAGUCAACAGGGCUUAUGGAGUACUGCCUAGAAGUUAUCAAAGAAAAUGAUCCCUCUGGGUUUUUGCAGAUUUCGGAUGCUUUAAUCAAGCGUGUUCAGGUAUCUCAGGAGCAGUGGGUGAAAGGAGCCUUGGAGCCAAAAGUGUCUGCUGAGUUUGACUUGACUCUGGAUAGUGAACCUCUACUGCAGUCAAUUCACCAGCUGGAUUUUAUUCAGAUGAAAUGUAGGGUGCCACCCGUCCCAUUACUGCAGCUGGAGAAGUGUUGCACCAGAAACAACAGUGUGACAUUGGCCUGGAGGAUGCCACCUUUGAGCCACAACCCAGUGGAGGGUUAUAUCUUGGAACUUGAUGAUGGAGAUGGUGGCCAAUUCCGAGAAGUAUAUGUUGGCAAGGAGACUCUCUGCACCAUUGAUGGUCUUCAUUUCAACAGUACCUAUAAUGCAAGAGUCAAAGCUUUCAACUCAUCAGGAGUUGGCCCUUACAGCAAGACAGUUAUUUUACAGACAUCAGAUGUGGCCUGGUUCACCUUUGACCCUUCCUCAGCUCACAGAGACAUAGUGCUGUCGAAUGACAACCAGACCGCCACCUGCAACAGCUACGAUGACCGGGUUGUUCUUGGCACAGCAGCCUUCUCCAAGGGUGUGCACUACUGGGAGCUGCACGUGGACCGGUAUGACAACCACCCCGAUCCAGCCUUUGGCAUUGCCAGGAUUAAUGUUGUCAAGGACAUGAUGCUCGGCAAGGACGACAAGGCAUGGGCCAUGUAUGUUGACAACAACCGCAGCUGGUUCAUGCACUGCAAUUCUCACACCAAUAGGACUGAAGGAGGAGUUUCUAAAGGUGCCACCGUUGGUGUUCUCCUGGAUCUGAACAAGCACAACCUGACCUUUUACAUCAAUGGGCAGCAGCAAGGACCUCCAGCAUUUGAAAACGUGGAGGGUGUUUUCAUGCCUGCAUUGAGUCUCAAUCGAAAUGUCCAGGUGACCCUGCACACAGGACUGGAGGUGCCACAAUGUGUAAAACAGCCCAAGUUGCCCAACAAUUAA